UCAGCGACAGAACGACGUCACCGAUAUCAGCUAGAGGAGAGGAGGCUACUCCGAGGGAAGAAGAACGAAAAGAAACCCUCACUUACCUAGACGGCCCUAGUUAGUUAGCUCGCAAAUAAACAGAGUUAUUCCGUCAAUACAAAAAAAGUAUUCACCAAGAAGCGACGUUUAUCUGACACCGACGGUCAACUCACCAGGCGGCAGACAUCGCUAUGGCCCAGGAGACCAAUCAGAGCCCAGUUCCUAUGCUCUGUGCAACUGGCUGUGGUUUCUAUGGCAACCCCAGGACUAACGGCAUGUGCUCCGUGUGCCACAAGGAGCACCUGUCAAGACAGAACAAUGGAGGAGUGAGUUCUCUGAGUGCUGUGGGCAGCAGCAGCAGCAGCACAGCUGAAGCUUCUGCCAUCCAGAGGUUAGAGGCCACCUUGAAUAAUGCUGCAGCGGCUGCAGCCGCUGCAGCAGAGGUGGCAGCUGAGGCAGCUUCGGCUGAGGCUGCAGCCGCCGCUGACGCUCUCAGCGGGGUUUCGACAGCUAUGACUGUAACAAAACAGAUGACUGAGAUGAGUCUCUCCUGUGAGGAGACGGGAGCAUCAGGGAGCAAAUUAGAGCUCACAGAGCCAGUGGUGAAUCAGCCCACAGUCUCGACCUCCCAUCCCUCCACUGCUGGCAGUGAAGACUCCAAAGCCCCCGAGCCCCUCAAACCCAAGAAGAACCGAUGCUUCAUGUGCCGCAAAAAAGUUGGCCUUACAGGUUUCGACUGCCGCUGUGGGAACCUGUUCUGUGGACUCCACCGUUACUCCGACAAGCACAACUGUCCGUACGACUACAAAGCUGAGGCCGCCGCCAAGAUCCGAAAAGAGAAUCCCGUGGUGGUCGCUGACAAGAUCCAGAGAAUAUGAAGAGAGAGAACUCCGUUACAGUUUGACUUUGAAUACCAAGGGGAGCGAUCGGAUUUAAACACACAAAAAAAAGGAAAGAAAGAAAAGGACUUGAGCCCAACCUUCUUCCUGAAGGACCCUUUUUUCUUCUUGUUUGUUACAGUCUGGACCUUUUUCCCCCUCCCCCUCAGUGCAUGAAAGUUAACUUAUAUAUCUUUUAGCUUUCAUUCUCGUUUGUGUGAGUUUAACACUUUUUUUUUUGGAAGGUGGUAUUGAAAAAUAGUGUGAAUGAAUUAUAUAAAAAAGUAGAAAAGGGGAGGGGUGGGUCGCUGAAGAAAAAAAACUCAUUUAUAGAAAAAAAAAAGCUGUUGAUGGUUUUACUCAGUCUGGUCAAGGUCGCUCGAACUCUUUGCUGUUGAAAGAACCCCGGACACUCGGGCCUUGUUUUUGAACUCUCUCAGACUGUUACUGCUGUUGGCUGACGGCGCCAUCUCAGCCGUGCUUGCUCUCUGCUGGCUUGAGUAGCAAAGUGGAUAUCUGUCUUUUCUCCCUUUUCUUUUUUUUGUUUGUUUUUUUGUUGGCCUCCCCCUUCAGAGUUUUGAUGUUGCGUCCUGAAAUGCUUCUCCGUGCCCGCCGGAAUCUCGUCCAAUCCGGCCCGACCUCUUCACACAUAACAUCUCGCUAAAGAGACUUUAAAAAUAAAAAAAGAGACUUUAAUGCUAGCCUUUUUCUCGCUGGCUUGUGUGUGUGGCACAAGAAACUCAACGCAGCGUGACAGCUUCCGUCUCGAUCUCGGGGUCGAACACCACGACCCCGCUACGCUCCAAGAUCCGGACGACCGGCAGCCAUCACCCGUCUCGCUUUUUUUCCCUUUUUUUUUUUUUUACUUAGUUCUUUUCAAAAACCAUCCGCUAACUGUUCUUCUCAGAUCCUGUUAACAUUUGUUCCCUUUUUCGUUGAUGAAAAUCAGUGUGUAUGCUGUGUGUUGUUGUUGUAUGACAAGUAGCCUAAACUUGUAUUACUUCUUUUGCCUUUUUUGGAAGGGUUUAGCCCCACUAAUAUUUUCAUCUUUUACUUCACUAUUGAAUGUUUUCUUCUACUUUUAAUGUGAGCUGACAAAAGUCGGAGAGUGUUUGAGGACUGUUGCAUACUGCAUAUCGAACAUGUGUGUGUGUGUGUGUGUGUGUGUGUGUGUGUGGCUGGUGACUGAAUGUUGUGUGCAGCAGAGACUUAGUGAGACCUGUGGUUGUAGGUUAUUAAUUCCCAUUUUUGUUGAUUUGUCGUUUUUUGUUUUGGUCUGGCUGCUUAAUCUGUGUGUUCUGUUUUUUUUUUUUUUUUUACCCUUUAGUUAUGCAAGUUUGUACAAACAUCUUUAUUUAUAUACUGCAGUGCGCAUAAUCUUCCAGUUAAACAGAAUAAAUUGUAUGAUGUAAAUAAAUUAUGUUCACAA